AUGAGGAUCAAUUCACUCGCCCGGAGCCUGCUCCAGGCGCAGAGGCGGACAUUCUCCUCGACUCCUCGGCGCCUGGACAGGUACGGCUUCAUAGGCCUCGGUCAAAUGGGCUACCAAAUGGCAAAGAACCUGCAAGCCAAGUUGCCGCCCUCCGACUCGAUCCGGAUAUUCGAUCUCAACGCAGAUGCAGUCCAGCGCUUAGCCGAGGAGAUGAAGGCCAGCACGGCCGGCGGCGCCGUCGUGGAGAUAGCGAAGAGCGUGAACGAAGCUGCCAGCGACUCGGACACUGUCAUUACCUGUCUGCCCGAGCCCUCGCAUGUGAAGGGGGUAUUCUCCCAGAUUCUGACGCCAGACCUGCCCAAGAAGGAUCGCAUAUACAUCGACUGCUCCACGAUCGAUCCGUCGUCCUCACGACAAGUCGCGGAACAAGUCGCAUCGGCGGGGCAGGGUCAAUUCGUGGAUGCGCCAAUGUCGGGGGGUGUGGUUGGUGCUCGUGCCGGGACCUUGACAUUCAUGCUGGGUGCCCCAGACUCCCUUGUGUCGAAGCUCGAGCCUAUCCUACUCCGGAUGGGCAAAGCCGUGCACCACUGCGGACCUCAAGGCACCGGGUUGAGCGCCAAGCUGGCGAAUAACUACUUGCUGGCAUUGAACAACAUUGCGACGGCGGAAGCGAUGAAUCUCGGUAUUAGAUGGGGACUGGACCCCAAGACCCUUGCAAACAUCAUCAAUGUCAGUACAGGUCGGUGCUGGCCGAGCGAAGUCAACAACCCGGUGAAAGGAGUCAUUGAGACAGCUCCGGCGAGCCGGGACUACUCCGGCGGCUUUGGCAUCAGCCUGAUGAAGAAGGACCUCAAGCUGGCCAUCAUUGCCGCGGACGAGGCUGGCGCGAAACUCGAGCUCGGCGGCCGGGCGAGGGAGGUCUAUGAGGAGGCUGAGAAGGCCGAGAACUGCAAGGGCAAAGACUUUUCUGUCAUCUAUAGAUUUAUUGGCGGGAAAGAAUAG